AUGAGCAGGCGUCUUUACCCAACAGAACCGGGAUCAGUCGCCAUCGCAUACUCCGACAUUCCUUUCCUACAGCGUCGAGAUCGACUCGCAAGAAAAGCUCAAGAUCGGGCGCACAAGUCCAAGCAUGACAUUAACCGCAUCCACUUCUCCCCGGCCAAAGUCUUGCUGUCCUCAGGCUCGAUAUACUCGCGAGAAUGGCGCCAACGACUUACACGCAGCGACAAUGCCAACAAUCGACCUGGUACAAUCCAGAGUGCGCCUAUUGUCACCGACCCUUCAGACAUCAGCACGAACAAGAUCUUCGUGCAGCAAGUCACCACAGUCGUCGGCCAAGUUGAAGCCGUCGACCUUCCUCCAUUCCAAACAUGGUGCCGUGGAGGUGACCACGAAAGCCGCCCUCUAAACAAGUCCUCCAGUACAGCCCGAGGACUGGUGUCAAGCUGGCAUCCAACCUCAGCCGACGAGCGCGGUCCCUUUCAACUAUCUGUCCGCAAAGGCAAGCCCGAAAAUCAUCCUGAGCACAACAAUUUCUACAUUUCGCCCUUGUCGUCCAUGUCAUCUAUGACCCCCGAGUCGUGGUACCCCCAAGGCAAGCCCCAGAGUCCAGAAUUGGCCUCAGUCCAAACCAGUCCCCAUUCCACGUGUCCUCCUGACUCCAGCAACAACACUGCCGGCAACUCACCACGACCAUCCAGCGAUACUCUCCCCCUCGACCAGCACGAAUUUCCACGACCCAUCAACAGACCCAAUCCCAACAAGAGAAGAUCCAGAUGGCGUAUACCAGACUUCUUACGACCCCUCGAUGCACCGGCGGUGCAAGUGCGAACUUACGACGCGCCUUUGCGCCGGGACUUGUUCCAAAAAGCUCAACCGGGCAACGAACAGACCCUCACCGCCACGAGCACUCAGGCACAGCAAGUGAAUGAAAGUUCAACGCAAAUCGUGCAGUCUGGUUGGCUGAAGCACGGGCGAUGA